CUCGGAUCCGGGUUAAUCACUGACGGUAAUUUUCUGCGCAUGCGCGAUUUACUGCAGUGAAAACAAACUCUCCUGGAGCAGUCAUUUUAACCUAGCGAAGCUGGAGUGAACACAUAGAAGUUUUUAAAAUGCCAAAUAGUUGUGCUGCUUUUGGUUGUUCAAACCAUAAUUUAAUGGAAAAUAAACCUGGAUUCUACAGAUUUCCGAAUAACAACCCAGAACGAAGAAAAAUGUGGAUAAGUGCAUGUAAAAGGAAAAACAAAGAUGGUACUGCUGACUGGAACCCAACUGGAAAAAAUGUUUAUCUCUGUGGGAAACAUUUUACAACUGGGAAACCAGUAAAAGAUCCUGCACAUCCUGACUACAUACCAACUAUAUUUGUGUAUACACAAAAUAAUUGAGAAAAAAACAAGAAGAAAAUAGAAAGAUUCGAGUCAGCCAAAAAAAGAAGCCUAGCAAAAGCAAGAACACCCGUCGCACCAAAAAAACAGCGUACCUUAAAUUUUGUUUCACCAGGAAAGCCACCAUUACAGCAAAGUAACACAUUUAUUUCACCACCACUAUCACCAUGUUCUAGUACUACAUCUCUGAUGUCACCACUGCCAGAAAUGCCUGAAAUGGAAGUAGACUUUUCUCUUUCUUCACAAACACAACAUUUAACACCAGUAACUAUAUCAAGACCAACAACCUUAAAUGCAAGUACCCAGACCACAAGCUCAAUUUUGGAUAAUAAACAUUUAAUUGAAAUAACAAAUCUGACAGAAGCUCUUCAAAAAGCAAAAAUUACAGUUAAUGAUCUUGAGAGUAAAUUCAUAUGCUAUGAACAUCUGAAAAAAAAGCCAGCAAAAUUUAAAUAUUACACUGGAAUAAACAAAGAUCAAUUUGACACUGUUUUUGACAUGGUGAAAGAUUCGUUGCCAAAAAAAUUUUGAUCGAAGAUGCCUUUCAAAGAUCAGUUGCUGAUGACUCUUGCAAAGCUGCGUUUGAACCUACAAUUUGAAAAUAUGGCAGACCAAUUCAACUGUCCAAGAAGUACUGCCCAUGAAGUAUUCCAAAGGUGGAUCGACUUACUCUCUACAAAAUUAUCAUGGCUAAUACAUUGGCCUGAUCAUGAUGCAAGCAUUCACUCUCUUCCAAAUGUUUUCCGACAAUAUUUUCCAAGGUUGACUGGUAUUAUUGAUUGCACUGAAAUUUUUAUUGACAGGCCAAAAAAGUCCUUUAUAAUUGCAAUAUUGGGAACUGUAAAAAAUUUUUUAUCAUAAGCAAUACAAUUGAAAAAGUCUUGACCAGGAAUCGAAC